CCCCUCACCUCCCACCACCGCUCCUCCUCCACCUCCGUUUCCCCAGAAAAUGGGCAAAGGUGGCUCCCUCAGCGAAGGCGUCAUCAAGAAGAUCCUCCUCUCCUACACCUACGUCGCCAUAUGGAUCUUCCUCAGCUUCACCGUCAUCGUCUACAACAAGUACAUCCUCGACAAGAAGAUGUACAACUGGCCCUUCCCCGUCUCCCUCACCAUGAUCCACAUGUCCUUCUGCGCCGCCCUCGCCUUCCUCCUCGUCCGCGUCUUCAAGCUCGUCGACCCCAUCACCAUGUCCCGCGACGUCUACCUCUCAUCCGUCGUCCCCAUCGGCGCCCUCUACUCCCUCUCCCUCUGGCUCUCCAACUCCGCAUACAUCUACCUCUCCGUCUCCUUCAUCCAAAUGCUCAAGGCCCUCAUGCCCGUCGCCGUCUACUCCAUCGGCGUCUCCUUAAAAAAGGAGACCUUCAAGACUGACACCAUGGUCAACAUGCUCUCCAUCUCCAUCGGAGUCGCCAUUGCCGCUUACGGUGAGGCCAGGUUCGACACGUGGGGUGUCAUUCUGCAACUCGGCGCGGUUGUGUUCGAGGCCACCAGGCUUGUCUUGAUCCAAAUCUUGCUGACAUCUAAAGGGAUCACGUUGAACCCAAUCACAUCUUUGUACUACGUUGCACCAUGUUGUUUGGCAUUUCUUUUGGUGCCUUGGAUCUACGUGGAGUACCCUACAUUGAGGGACACGUCGAGUUUCCAUUUCGAUUACGUGAUCUUCGGGACCAACUCGUUCUGUGCUUUUGCUUUGAAUCUCGCUGUGUUCUUGCUCGUGGGGAAGACCUCGGCUUUGACGAUGAAUGUGGCUGGUGUGGUGAAAGAUUGGCUCUUGAUCGCCUUCUCAUGGUCGGUGAUCAAGGACACUGUGACCCCGAUCAAUCUGGUGGGUUAUGGCCUUGCUUUCUUGGGGGUUGCUUAUUACAAUCACUCGAAGUUGCAGGCUCUGAAGGCGAAGGAGGCGCAGAAGAAGGUGCCUCAGGCGGAUGAAGAGGCGAAUAAUAGGCUCUUGGAGGCUGAAGGUGAUGGCCGGGAAGAGAAAUGAGUCCCAAGAAUUUGAGCUUCAUUUGUUCCUAGUUGAGUUGGGAACAUAUUUGA